AUGAAAGACUUGUAUCAUGUAGUAGAAGUGGAUUUGAGACAUCAAGCCAUCCCAACAGAAAUCAUGUCCUAUACUAUUGUUCUUGACAAAGACUUGAAUCUCUCCAUUCUUGAAUUGGCAGCAAUUCUGGACCUGGAGUCUAAGUCAGAAGACCACAAAUACACAAACACCUUCAAGUCUCUUUUAGAUGAAAAGAACACUCAAGAACUUGUUAAACAAUUGACCGAAGUUCAACAGUAUUUUGCCACAAAAUUUGCAAGAAAGUCAUUUGAGCCUACCAUCAAUUUGUACUUGCACAUCGCCAAUUUGCUUGAAAAUGAAAAAUUAGGUUUGCUAUCUUCUCUGGUGAAGAAUAUCGAUCCAGCUAGCGUUCCUGUCACAAUCCCUUCUGAUCUUAUCAUUCUUGCCUUAACAAAUGUUUUCUCUUCUCUCCCGAACACUUCAACCGUAAGAUAUGACGCACUAUUGGCAAUUGUAAACCUGAUUCUCAAAGAAAAUAUCUCUGGAUUAAUCUCCAAUAUUGCAAAGAACAUUGAUGAAUACCUUUCCACCAUUGAAAAUAUCUCUACAGAACAGAAAACUCAAAUAAUUUCUUUGAUUUUCAAGCAGUAUAAGUUGGAAGAUGAAGAGAAGGCAGUUGCAUAUAUCCAAUCUUUAAUAAAUGAAAAGUCAUACAAACUCGAUUCUGAAACUCUUAUAUCCGUAUUUGCUACUAUUUUAAGCUCUACCAUAUUAUACAAUAUUGCAUCAUUGGAAUCAUCAUUCCCAGCAACGGAAAAUGAUACCUUAGUCAAGUUGUUGAAAUUAUACUUGACUGGUGAUUAUGCUACCUUCUGCUCUAACAAAUCAGAGUUCCAGAAUGCUUCAUUUGCCUCUCAAAUUAACUUUUCCAAUUUAGAAUCUUCAUUCCAAUCAUUAGCUGCUCUAAACUUCUUAGUCACUGUUGAGAAUGCUAAUAUUUCUUACAACACAAUCUCCGAGUCGACAAAGAUCCCAGUAGAUGAAAUUGAAAUCAAACUCAUUACAUUAAUCUCUCAAGGCUUUAUUGCAGGUAAAUUGUCACAAUCAACAAGUUCUGUCAAUGUUAAUUCUGUUAAUUUCUCUGCACCAGUAUUGACUUCUAAGCCGGAAUUAAUCAAUUGGGCUUCCCUAAGCGGUUCCUUGACUUCAUGGAGACAAAAUGUUAACAACUUACAGUCUGUCAUCGACAACUUGAUCUCAAAGCGUGGUAAGAGAGUGAAUGCUCCUAAUGUCAUCAUGGCUUUCCACCAACAAAAGCUUGAAGCUAAGGAAGCAAGAGAAAAGAAGGCGCAAGAAUCUGCGGAAUCUGCAACUCCUGCCAAUGCAUAG